GCCCGGAGCCCUCGGGUCGAUUUAGCUCUAAGCGCCAGCUUGAAGCGGCGGCCGGGCGGCAGGUGAGCAGCUCUUCCAUUCCUUGCCUGUGUGUCCGCAGGCUUCGGGUGCUCAGACCUGAGGGCAGGAGAGGGGGGUGGGUUUCACAGGAACGCGGGGCGGGGGUCGGCUGCCCCUGGGGCUCUCCGGACCGUUGCUUAAUGCUGGCCCAGCCCAGAUCUCUGGAGUCAGACCCCCAGGGGUGCCCGAGGGACCCAGUUCAGCCUUGAUGGAGCUCCUCCCGCCACUGCUUCAGUCCUUCCUGUUGCUGCUGCUGCCUGCUGUGCCCACGGCGGGCCGGGACUGGCAGUGCCCGCGUACCCCCUACGCGGCCUCCCGAGACUUUGACGUGAAGUACGUGGUGCCCAGCUUCUCCGCCGGCGGCCCAGUACAGGCCUUGGCGACCUAUGAAGGCGGCAGGGAUGGGAGUGCCGUGUUUGUGGCCACACGCAAUCGCCUACACGUGCUUGGGCCUGACCUGCAGUCUGUGGAGACCCUGGCCACAGGCCCCGCUGGAGACCCUGGCUGCGAGACGUGUGCGGCCUGUGGCGCAGACUCCCACGGCCCACCAGGCGACACAGACACGCAAGUACUGGUGCUGGAGCCAGCACUGCCCGCGCUGGUCACCUGUGGCUCAAGCCUGCAGGGCCGCUGCUUCCUGCAUGAGCUGGAGCCAGGCGGGACAGCCCUGCACCUCGCAGCGCCAUCCUGCCUCUUUUCAGCCCACCACAACCGGCCCGAGGACUGCCCUGACUGUGUGGCCAGCCCACUGGGCACCCGCGUGACCGUGGUUGAGCAAGGCCAGGCCUCCUACUUCUACGUGGCAUCCUCACUGGACACAGCCGUGGCUGCCAGCUUCAGCCCGCGUUCGGUGUCCAUCAGGCGCCUCAAGGCUGACGCCUCCGGAUUCGCACCUGGCUUUGCCGCGCUGUCAGUGCUGCCCAAGUACCUCGCCUCCUACCGUAUUGAAUAUGUGCACAGCUUCCGUUCGGGAGCCUUCGUCUACUUCCUGACUGUGCAGCCAACCAGUGUGACAGACGCUCCUGGUGCUCUGCACACACGCCUGGCACGGCUCAGCGCCACCGAGACAGACCUGGGCAACUACCGGGAGCUGGUCCUGGACUGCCACUUUGCUCCUAAACGCCGGCGCCGUGGGGCCCCAGAGGGUGGACAGCCCUACCCAGUGCUGCAGGCGGCCCACUCAGCUCCAGUGGGCGCCCAGCUGGCCGCUGAGCUGAGCAUCGCUGAAGGCCAGGAAGUGCUGUUUGGGGUCUUCGUGGCUGGCAGGGAUGGCAGCCCUGGUGUGGACCCCCACUCUGUCGUCUGUACCUUCCCCAUUGACCUGCUGGAUACCCUAAUCGAUGAGGGUGUGGAACGCUGUUGUGAGUCCCCAGUGCACCCAGGCCUCCGGCGAGGCCUUGACUUCUUCCAGUCGCCCAGUUUUUGCCCCAACCCGCCUGUCCUGGAGGCCCCCAGCCCCAAUACCAGCUGCCGCCACUUCCCUCUGCUGGUCAGUAGAAGCCUCAUGCGUGUGGACCUAUUCAAUGGGCUAUUGGGACCAGUGCAGGUCACUGCGCUGCACGUGACACGCCUUGACAAUGUCACAGUGGCCCACAUGGGUACAACUGAUGGGCGUAUCCUACAGGUGGAGCUGGCCAGAUCACUCAACUACUUGCUGUAUGUGUCCAACUUCUCACUGGACAGCAAUAGGCAGCCCGUGCAGCGCGAUGUCAGUCGCCUUGGGGAUCACCUACUCUUUGCCUCUGGGGACCAGGUCUUCCAGAUACCUAUCCGGGGUCCUGGCUGCCGCCACUUCCUCACCUGCAGAAGUUGCCUGCGGACACAGCGCUUCAUGGGCUGUGGCUGGUGUGGAAGCAUGUGUGGCCGGCAGAAGGAGUGUCCUGGCUCGUGGCAACAAGACUACUGCCCACCUGAGCUUGCUGAGUUCUACCCCCACAGUGGACCCCUAAGGGGCAGCACAAGGCUGACCUUGUGUGGCUCCAACUUCUAUCUGCACCCUGCUGGUCUGGUGCCUGAAGGAACCCAUCACAUCACCGUGGGCCAAAGUCCCUGCCGGCUCCUGCCCAAGGACACCAAAAAACUCAGCCCAGUGCCCCAGCAGGGUUUUGUAGAGGAGCUGCAGUGUAAGCUGGAGCCCUUGAGGACCCAGGCAGCGGGGCCUACCAACAUCAGCCUCACCGUGACUAACAUGCCACCAGGCAAGCACUUCCGUGUAGACGGCACCUCCGUGCUGGGAGGCUUCUCUUUCGUGGAGCCUGUGCUGACAGCAGUGCAACCCCUCUUUGGCCCACGGGCAGGAGGUACCUGUCUCACCCUUGAAGGCCGGGGCCUGUCUGUAGGCACCAGCCGGGCUGUGCUGGUCAAUGGGACUGAGUGCCUGCUAGAACGGGUCAUUGAAGAACAGCUUUUAUGUACCACACCCCCUGGGGGUGCCACGGCCAGCGUGCCCCUUAGCCUGCUAGUGGGGGAUGCCAAGGUGCCUGGUUCCUGGACCUUCCACUACAGGGAAAACCCCAUUGUGUUGAACAUCAGCCCCAACUGUGGCUACACUGGCUCCCAUGUUACCAUCCGUGGCCAACAUCUGACUUCAGCAUGGCACCUAGUGCUGUCAUUCCAUGAUGGGCUUAAGGCAGUGGAGAACAGGCAGUGUGAGGGGAAGCUUCCGGAGCAGCAGCAGUGCCGCCUGCCUGAAUAUGUGGUCCGAGCCCCCCAGGGGUGGGUGACAGGGAAUCUGAGUGCUUGGGGUGAUGGAGCUGCUGGCUUUACACUGCCUGGCUUUCGUUUCCUAUCCCAACCCCAUCCACCCAGUGCCAACCUAACCCUGCUGAAACCUGAGGAGCAUGCUGUUAAGUUCGAGUAUAUUGGAUUGGGCGCUGUGGCUGACUGCGUGGAUGUGAACGUGACCGUGGGUGGUAAGAGCUGCCAGCACAAGCUCCUGGGGGACGUGGUUGUCUGCCCCCUGCCUCCCUCCCUGCAUCUUGGCAGGGAUGGUGUCCCAUUGCAGGUCUGUGUGGAUGGUGAAUGUCACACCCUGGGUAGGGUGGUGCGGCAGGGCCCAGAGGGGGUCCCACAGAGCACGCUCCUUGGUAUCCUGCUGGCCUUGCUCCUGCUUGUGGCUGCACUGGUCACUGUGCUGGUCUUCAACUACUGGCGGCGGAAGAAGCAACUAGUUCUUUUUCCCAACCUGGAUGACCUGGCAUCCCGAGACCAGACCACUGGCGCCAUGCACCUGCCCAUGCUCCGCUUGGGCUCUGACUGCAGAAAUGGCCUUGGUGAGAUGGUAGAAGCCCUAGAAACUAGGACCGCCCCUCUCCCCACAAGCCCCUCACUCUCUCUUCCCACAGCACUCUCUGCUGUUGAUGGUCUGGAUUCCACCACUCGGAUCCACAGAACAUCCUUCUCAGACAUCGAGGAUGGAUCCUGUGUCCCACUGCUACAGACAAAGUCCGUCCGGCUCAGGGACCUGGACUCUGCGCUCUUGGCCGAGGUCAAGGAUGUGCUGAUUCCCCAUGAACGGGUGGUCACCCAUAGUGACCGAAUCAUUGGCAAAGGCCACUUUGGAGUUGUCUACCAUGGAGAAUACACAGACCAGGUCCAGAAUCGAAUCCAUUGUGCCAUCAAGUCACUGAGUCGCAUCACAGAGGUGCAGGAGGUGGAGGCCUUCCUUCAAGAGGGGCUGCUAAUGCGUGGUCUGCACCAUCCGAAUGUGAUGGCUCUCAUUGGUAUCACAUUGCCACCUGAGGGGCUACCCCAUGUGCUGCUGCCCUAUAUGUGCCACGGAGACCUGCUCCAUUUCAUCCGCUCACCUCAGCGGAACCCCACCGUGAAGGACCUCAUCAGCUUUGGCCUGCAGGUAGCCUGUGGCAUGGAGUACCUAGCAGAGCAGAAGUUUGUGCACAGGGAUCUGGCUGCGCGGAACUGCAUGCUGGAUGAGUCAUUCACAGUCAAAGUGGCUGACUUUGGUCUGGCCCGCGAUGUCCUGGACAAAGAGUACUAUAGUGUUCAACAGCACCGCCAUGCUCGCCUACCUGUCAAGUGGAUGGCACUGGAGAGCCUGCAGACCUAUAGAUUUACCACCAAGUCUGAUGUGUGGUCGUUUGGUGUGCUGCUAUGGGAACUGCUGACACGGGGCGCCCCACCAUACCCCCACAUCGACCCUUUCGACCUCACCCACUUCCUUGCCCAAGGUCGGCGCCUGCCCCAGCCUGAGUAUUGCCCCAAUUCUUUGUACCAAGUGAUGCAGCGAUGCUGGGAGGCAGACCCAGCAGCGAGACCUACCUUUGGAGCACUAGUGGGGGAAGUGGAGCGGAUAGUGUCUGCACUACUUGGGGAUCAUUAUGUGAAGCUGCCAGCAACCUAUGUGAACCUGGGCCCUGGCACCUCAGAUGAGGUGAAUGUGCUCCCAGAACAGCCACAGUCCACACCCACGCACAGGAGCACGUGGCGGCCCCGGCCCCUCUCAGAGCCACCUCGUCCUACUUGACCUAAUCCCUGGGCUGGACCUGCUUAGCAGCCUGAAGCUAACCCCAAGUUGCCUCUCAGCCAUUCCAGGCUGGAGGGCAGUGGGCCUCCACCUUAUCCCUGCCCUUUAACCUUCAGAGGUGAUAGGUGAGCAGGGCAUAUUAGGUCUUUCACUCCACAGAGUGAGCCCGUUAGGGCAGUCCUUCUGCAACAUGUAUUUUAUGGAGUGCUUGCUGUGUACCUUGCCUGCUGGGCACAGGAGACUCAGCAGUGACCAUACAGACACUGACCCUCGAACCAGUAAAGGAAAAAAAUGAAUGUUUAAGUACAAAUUGUGAUAAGUGAUGUAAAGG